UUUAUUAUUAUUAUUAUCUAGAGAGAGAAAGAGAGAGAUGUGCACGUUAGAGAAACGGGGAAGCUUGUUCAUCCUAACCCUGAUCGGCAACGAUGAACACAGACUAAACCCUACCCUGAUCGAUUCCAUUAGAGAUGCCUUGGCCAGAGUCAGAUCUCAAUCUUCAUCUUCCUCGUCCGCCCUCAUCACAACUGCAGUUGGCAAAUUCUUCUCCAAUGGCUACGACCUUAAUUGGGCGACCAACCACUCCGGUUCCAUCGACACUACAGUAGACCGUCUCAACCUCAUGUCCUUCAACCUCCGAUCCCUCUUUCGCGACUUAAUCUCCCUUCCCAUGCCCACCAUCGCCGCCGUCAACGGUCACGCCUCAGCCGGCGGAUUCAUUCUAGCUCUCUCUCACGACUACAUCCUCAUGCGGAAAGAUCGAGGUUAUCUAUACAUGAGUGAACUCGACAUCUCCUUGAAAAUCCCUGCUUGGUUCGUUAAAUUACUCAAGAACAGAAUUGCCUCUCCAGCUGUUCAUCGAGAGAUUGUCCUGAAAGCUGCCAAGUUCACUGCCACCGCUGCGCUUGAGAAGGGUAUCAUUGAAUCGUCCCACGACGGCGUUGAGGAGACGGUUGCUGCGGCUGUGAAAUUGGGUGAUUCGCUUGUGAAGAGAGGUUGGGAUGGUAAUGUGUAUUGUGAGAUUAGAAAGGUUAUGAUGUCUGAUGUGUUAGCUGCUUCUGAAUAUGAUGAGACUCUUGAAGAUGCUGUUAAAAUUGCAUCCAAAAUCUGAGCUUUUUUCAUUUCAGGUCAAACAUAUUCAUAGAUCCUUGUAUUGGGUUUCCUUUAUUUUCCUUUGUUAUGAAUUAUGAUUAUGUAUGUUUCAAAAUGUUUGGAAUUAGAAUAAACAAUCAACAAACCUUCAUCAUA